AUGGCGAGUAAACAGCCGGGGCCCAAAAAGAAACUCAAAUCAAAGCAAUCGUCAAAAGCGCUGCAGAAAGUACCAACCGCUCCAGUUUUAGAAAUAGAAGAGCUUUCGCCACGGCCACCACUUCUUACAGAAGACCUGGUCGAUGUCAUUGUUUACACGACCACAAUGCGGAAACUUUGUACGAUCAAAGCCUACCGUGGCUGGAGAUUGUGUGAUUUGAAGGAUGGCAUUUGGGCAGAAUGUGGAAUAGAACAAAUUGCACAAAAACUGGUGGUUAGCGGACACAAAGAGAUGUCAGAGAAAACUCUCCUAGCAGACUUUUUCCCUCCCUCAGUGCAGGGUGCAGCAGUGAUUUUGCAUAGAAGGUCGACUGAACAAGCUGAAUGGCUGCAGAGGUGCCGAGAGUAUGGCUUGCAACUCGAAUUUGCACCACAAACGAUUAAGGCAGACUAUGAGGUGGUCAUGGCCGCUGUCAUGAAGAACCCAAAGGCAAUCCAGUUUGCUGCUCCGGAGCUGCGGAGCAACAAGGAAAUCAUGCUGGUAGCAAUCAAGCAGGAUAUUGACACUGCAGACUUUUUGGACCCGGGUGUGUGGCAGAACCGCGAUUUUGUCAUUCAGGCUGUCCGUGUAGACUGGCAGCUGUUGCGAAUGGCUUGUGAGGAAUUCCUCAGAGAUCCAGAGAUUGUUUUAGCCGCCAUUGAAGGCAACUGGGAUGCUGUCAGUGCCGCUGCUCCAGAAGCUUGGGAGUACAUGCCAGUGCCACGUGCUGCUGCAGUCACUGGUGGAUGGACGGUGCACAACGUGGCUCCUCAUUAUCUUCAGGCAAGACUGAGAGCCGACAAAGAAUUUGCACUGCAUUGUGUGCGCUUGGACUGGCGAAACUUAGAGAAAAUUGAUGAAAAGCUGCUAGCUGACUUUGACAUAGCUUUGGCUGCAGUUCGUCAAGACUGGCGCGCACUGCGCUGGAUACACAAAGAUUUGCAAGCACAUGAAGAAAUUGUCACCGUCGCAGUUGAGCACAAUUUCCUUUGUAUUACCAAAUCGCUCGACGAGCUGCCGAUUGAACAACCUCUGGUGUUGAGAAUUGUACAGCAGAACUGGGAGGCAUUUGCCCAUUUGAAUGAAGAAUUGAGAUCGGACAAAGAGAUAGCAAACGCGGCCAUAUCUCAGAACUGGCGGGCGUUGGAGUUUGCUGGCGAGGCGAGAAAGAACGAUCCUGAGAUCGUGGGCCUAGCUUGCAGACAAGAUCCAAGAGCAGUCAUGAAAGCACCACUGAUGCUUGGCCACAAAGGUGUUAUGUCAAUUGUUGUGGCAGCUGACGGAAUGCUUCUGGAGAAAGCAUUUGAAGAAGUUAAGGAGGAUCCAAGUAUUGUAAAGAUAGCUGUGCGGCAGAAUUGGCAGGCCUUGCAGUUUGCCUCGGAGCCAGUCAGGGGAAUGAAGGACGUCGUAUUUCCCGCGCUGAAGAACGACCCUUCUCUGACCGUCAUGGAUUGGACGGCACCAUCCUUACGGCGUGAUCCAGCGGCAAUGCUUGAAUUCCUGCAGCACGACAAAGCGAUAUUUCCGUGGGUUGAUGAUGAGUUGAUGGUCCAUGAACGAUUUAUUUACAACGUGUCUCAUGAUUCCAAACUUGGGCGGAAGAUCGUCAUUCAGAUGUGCAAGCGCAAUUGGAAGUGCUUCGAGUAUGUCCCAGACUUUUUGAAGGCGGAUCCUGAGGUCAUUCUCACCGCUGCUCAACAAGAUUGGCACGCCAUUGAGAUUGCCGAAGAUUUCUACGAUUGCUGGAUGCACCCCAAGAUUGUGCUGGCUGCAGUCUCGCAGGACUACACGAAUAUUCGCAAUGUCAACUCGACAAUGUGGGACAACUUGGAAAUCGUUGUAGCCGCAGUAAGUCAAAACUGGAGGAUCCUAGAGGAAGCUCCCGACUUUUUGAUGCGGAGGCUCUGGUCUGAAGAAGAGGUUGUGAGAGCAGCCGUGGAGCAGGAACCUUCUGUCAUAAAGAAAGCUGCAAAACCACUUUGGGGUGAGAGAAGUCUUGUGCUCAAGGCCUGUCAAGGAGAUUGGACGAUCAUGGAGAAAUGUCCAAAGGAAUUGGAGCGCAUAUAUUGGAAAGACAAAGACUUUGUUGUUGCAGCACUCUCGCAGUCAAUUGAUGCUUUGAAAAAAGUUCCAGAGUCAUACUGGGAGGACAAGGAGGUGAUGCGUGUUGCUGUCAAGACCGAUUACAAGGUGAUCUACAAGUGCUCCAACUGGGCCCAGAAAACAUUGUGGGAGGAUCGGGAGAUUGUUCUACAUGCAGUGCAGCAGAAUGGCCUUGUGCUGACAGAAGCAGAUGAAGAUUUCAUCUACGACGUGGAGGUAUUGCAGGCAGCUGUGAAGCAGAACUGGACUUUGUUGGAUAACCUUUCCAAAGUUCACAAGCAAGUGGCCUGGAACGAUGAAACAUGCGCCCGAUCUGCCAUUAUUGAUGGUUCCACCGCAGUCGUAGCAGACCCCAGCAAUUUUGCUAAAGUUGGUCCCAAAUUGAAAUCGAACAAAGACUUUGUUAUCGAAGUGGUGAGCCUCGCCGGAAAAUGUUUGGAAUUUGCUCCAGAAAAACUGAAAGACGAUGAAGAUGUGGUGCGGGCCGCCAUUCAGUCAAAGGCGUCAAAGGGACUUGCCAUCCAAUUUGCAUCCGAGCGGCUGCGCGCAGAUUUUCAGAUGGCACAGCUGGCUGUUCAGCAAGACCCAGGGGCUAUACAGUUUGUUGACGAGAGCCUUCGACAGGGUCAUGUGCUGGAGAAGGGAAAAGGCCGUGGCAAAGGCUACAAGAAUCGCGAAGAACAGCAAUGUUUCAACUGCAAGCAAUACGGCCAUCGUUCUCGUGACUGUCCAGAGCCACCAGAUGAGGAGCUCGUUCGUGAGCGCUUAGCUGCCAGGGCGGAGAAGGAGAGAGAAGCACGCGGCGAAUAG